AUGGGUGUCCUGUCGUGCUCGUGGCAUGGCCGACAUUUGCAGCGACGCCUUCUGCAAUUCCGGUCGUCUGCCAAAUUCGUUGUCUUUGUUGUGGUAUUCGCGAUAUUUACAAUUAUCCCUGUCAUUCCGACAGCGUUACCCGAGCGAGGGGUCAUAGAAGGCAACGAUGUCCAGCGGUGGGUAUCGAUUCUUGGGGCAGUAUUUAGUGCGGCGACACUGGUCGUCUCGCCUCUCACCUGGUAUUGGAUCGGUCGGGUCGAUUCACUACGGUGGCCGUUCAUGGCCGGUUUGAUCGUCCUAACUGGCGCGACGGCUUUGCUCUGUGUCGGGACUCACCUGGGACUCUGGAUUGCCGGUCGCCUGCUGCAGGGUGCGGCCAACGGAGUCGUAUGGACGGUGGGCUCUGCGCUCUUACGAGAGACAAUGGGGGAAGAAGGACUCGGGCAAGCGUUUGGCUACGUUGGAAUGGGGAUGAAUCUUGGGGGAUCGCCGGGCCGCUGCUGGGCGACAAGGCCCGCAACGAAUGGGCUCGAGUCCCGUGGCGAAUCCCCGGAGGGGGCAUUGCCCGCGCCUCCAGCCCUAGACGACGAGGUCAACUCACGCAGUGUACAGGCUGAUAGAGCCUGUGCAUCGCAGACGCUGGCCACAGACUCCAAAGUGGUCUCGGCUCUGUUGUCCUGCCCCCGCCUUUGGGUGGUUCUGUGGGGUUACAUGGUGACAGCCAUGAUCAUGACCGCGUUCGACAGCGUCCUAGCGCUCUUUGUCAGGGAACGGUUUGGCUGGAACCAAUCGGCCCAGGGUCUGGUAUUUCUAGCCCUAUUUAUCCCACAACUGCUCAACCCGGCCGUUGGGAUGAUCUGCGACAGGUACCCAAGGGCUGGCCGCUACAUGGUGAGCGGGGCAUUUGGGAUCGGCUGCCUGACCCUGUCCCUUCUGCGCCUCGUAGUGGGCGACUCUGUGGGGUCCAAAGUACUUCUUUGUACGUUGCUCGCUGUCGUCGGUCUCUGUGUUACGUUCUCGAUGACUCCGUUAUUUGUGGAGAUCUCGGACAUGGUGGGCGACAUGGAGAAAAAGGCUCCGGGGAAGCUGAACCAGGCAGCUGCGUCGGCGUUGGGCUAUGGGCUCAUGAACUCGGCUUGGUCUGCGGGAGCUCUUGUUGGCCCGUUUUUGGCUGGAUUUAUCAAAGAUGCGGCCGGCUGGAAUACGAUGGCUUGGGUGCUGGGACUGGUGGUUGGCGUGUCGGCAGUUUUGGUCCUAUUGUUCAUGGAGAAAAGCUGGCUGUUGCCCAACUGUCGGUCCACAGCAUUGUGCCAGAAUGAAGUAAUAGAUGGGGUCCCUCUUUAG